AUGUAUCGUUGCGAUAAUUGCUGCGAUACUGAAGCUCGUAAAAUGAAUCGUCAAAUUGAAAAACAACUACGAAUCGCUAAGAAAAAUCGAGGACGAGAAUUAAAAUUACUGCUAUUAGGCACUGGAGAAAGUGGCAAAAGUACAUUUAUCAAACAGAUGAGAAUUAUUCAUGGAUGUGGUUAUUCUGAUGCUGAUAAACGUUUAUUUAUCAAAUUUAUCUAUGAGAAUAUAUUUAAGGCCAUGAAUUCAAUGAUACAAGCCAUGGAUAUAUUAAAAAUCUCUUAUGUAGAUAAGUGUAAUGAAGAGCAUGCUUCUUUCGUUUAUAUUGUCGACUAUAAAAUGAUGCCGACAUCUGAAUUCUUUCACUACGUUAAAGCAAUAAAAAGUUUAUGGAACGAUGAAGGAAUCAAAGAAUGUUAUCAGAGAAGACGAGAAUACCAGUUAAUCGAUUCAGCCAAAUACUAUUUGGAUAGUAUUGAUCGUAUUGUCGAAACGGAUUACGUUCCAAAUGAACAAGAUAUACUUCGAGUUCGAGUGCCUACAACCGGAAUUAUUGAAUAUCCAUUUAUUUUGGACAAUAUUCUAUUUCGAAUAGUAGACGUCGGUGGACAACGUUCCGAGAGGCGAAAAUGGAUACAUUGUUUUGAAAAUGUGGCAUCGGUUAUAUUCUUUGCUACACUAAAUGAAUAUGAUCAAAUGCUUGUAAAAUCAUCGACUAUAAAUGAAAAUCAGAUGGAAGAGAGUAAAGCAUUAUUUCAUACAAUCAUUACAUGUCCAUGGUUUACUCGUUCAUCAAUAAUUCUAUUCUUAAACAAAACAGAUUUAUUAAAAGAAAAAAUAAUGUAUUCACAUUUGGUCGAUUAUUUUCCCGAGUUUCAAGGUUCGAAACGAGAUGUCGAAGCUGCGAAAGAGUUUAUUCUAAACAUGUAUUUAGAUUUAAAAGACGAGAAUGAUAAAAUUCUUUAUUCACACUUUACAUGUGCAACUGAUACUAACGGUAUUCGCUUUCUAUUUGCUGCUAUCAAAAAUGACGUUUUGUACAAGAAUAUGGAUGAGCUUAAUUUAAAUUAA